UUUUUAUAGGAAAUUCUAGAAAGGACUGGAAUCAAGUGGAGUUAGUGAGUACAUGGAAGAACAAAAGUGAAGCUCAAUGAAAUCUCAACGAACUGAAAGGGUCUAGAGGAAACAGGAAAGGAAGUUUAAGGGAUUGACUGAAGGAUUAUGAAAAUAUUUAGAUUUUACCGUGUCUUGCAGUCCGUGAGUCCGAGACGCGCCGAGUGUCGAAUGCAACCCAUAACAAACAUCCCGCGGUCCCGCCACACAGAAGGAAGGAAGAAGCGGAUCAUUUUUCGAAUGUUGCAGUACCUAUUCGUGGUGAAUGUGAGCCAGCAGGUAAUCCAGUGUUGGAGGUAUAACAGGAACAGCACUAAGUGGUACGCCAAAAGAAGAGCAACCACCACUUCAGGAUCGUCACGGGAGGAAAACAUCUUGGAUGGAGACAGUAUGAUAACCUUUUUGAAUGAGUGACCAAGCUGCUGCACAAACAUAUUGCAGUCUACAGAAAGGAAGGAGAACAACUUAGACAAGAAAUGGAAGUAGGAAAGACCAAGAAACAACUCACAACAUCACAAGAACAACAGCAACACCAGAGACCAUGUGCAAAUGUAUCAAACAAUUUUGUAGAAGGGCAGAAUGUAUCACCAGAUGAAGCCUCACUCCCUUCCUCCAAAAUUAGCUCUGAAAAGACAGAAACACAUAAAGACCAGAAUGGGACUCACUCUAAUGCUGGAAGUAAAAGAAGAAUGGAAGAGACAAGGCAGAAAGAGAAGAGUGAAUGUGGACCUUUAGAAGAAAAUGAAGAAGAAGAUGGGGAUUAUGGUGAAGAUGAAGAAGAUGAGGAAGAGUUAGAAGAUGAGGAAGAGGAAGAAGAUGAGUUAGAAGAAGAAGAGGAGGAGGAAGAGGUAGAGGAGGAGGAGGAGGAGGAAGAGGUAGAGGAGGAGGAAGAGGAGGAGGAGGAGGAGGAAGAGGAGGAGGAGGAGGAGGAGGAAGGAGAAGAGGAAGAAGUAGAAGAGGAAGAAGAUAUUGAAGGAGAGGAAAUAGAUGUAGAGAAUCUUGAAAAUAAUGAAAGGAUGGAAGAAGUAAUAACAGAAAAAGAAAUUAACAUCACUGACAAUGAAAUGAACCUCAGAAAUAUUAAAGAAGUAGAAAAAAAGAAAGAAAAAUUAGAUGUAUUUAACAAAAAAAGGAAGAAAGAGGCAGAGUUCAUAACAGAGGAAGAAGGGAGCUCUAAAAGAAAGAAAGGAAAGGUUGUACAGCAAAACGAAACAGAUAAGGAGGAGGAGGAGGAAGAAGAAGAAACUGUCAUUUCCAGCCCAAUACAAAGGAAGGAGGUUGAGACAACAGAAACAGAAACAGAAGACUCAGAGGUGGAGGACUUCCCAACAGAAGGUCUGCUGCAGGAACUACAUUUUCUCAAUGCUAGCUGUGAGAGACGACACCUCCAGAAGGGUGCUCUCUCUCAGGUACACAAGACUCCAAAAAAACAGAGGAAGCUUGAUUUUGGCAGUCCAUCAGAGGAGUCAAAUGCAAGGGAAGAGAACCGAAGUGGCAGCAGCUCUGCUAAGAGGAAACGUUCCAGAAAAAGCACUGCCUUUUCACCUCGCAAACUUGAUCCAGACCCAAGCCCAAAGAUGAAGCCAAGCAAAAUUAGUCCAUUGAUGAAGGGAGAGGAGAGUGAGGUAUAUCAAAAUUACAAUGAGUGUUACACUUCAGAGGAUGAAGAGGAUGAUGAGGGUGCCUUAACUAUUGUGGCACAUGAUGAGUCACCGAAGAAGAGAAAAGGAACUUCCCCUCCCAAGUCAAAGAAAAAAAUGCGUGGGGAAGAAGGGACAGAAGCUGCAGGGGAAGUGCCUCAAGAAGUCAUCGAGUUGAUCCAGUCUGGUAUUGAUGAAAUGCUGGAGGAGAAGGCUGAGCGAACACACCUCACAGCCAUCCAUGUCAAGAACAUUAUCAAGAAUGUGAUGACUGAUGAGAAUGUGUUGGCAAUGGUCCGCAACACUGUCCUUGGCAUUCCUGUUGGUGGUUCUGCUGGGUCUGCAGUGUAUGAGCCUACCCUCACUCGUGCCAAAACAAGGGAGUUAAUGGAGCAGCAAGCAGCAGGAAGGGGUCAGAGCAGCAUCUGGGCCGGACUGUCCAACCAUUCCCCUGGUGCUGCCUCCAUCUUCACCCCAGAGACACAAGCACUUGUAUCUGUUGACUUCCCUGAUGAGGAUGAGGAUGAAGAAUACAAGCCAGAAGCAGAUGACCAGCUGCAUAGUGAUGAAGAGAGCCUAGUGUCAGCUAGCUCUCCAUGUACACCAUCCACUAUGCAGUCUGCAUCCACCCCAGGCUCCCAUCACAGCCUCAACUUUCCAUGCUCUUCUUCAAGGAGUGCAGACAUAGGUACACCAUCCAGCCAAGUGCCAGUGGUGUUCAAGACGCCAAGUGUCCAGGAGAAGAGUGUCCAACGUGUGCUAACUUUCGAUAAGGAACCAAAGCAAGAGCAGGAGGUGGUGAGUCAGCGCACUCGGUCCAAGCUGCCCUUGACAGAAACACCCCUGGAGUGUCUGGAGAUGGCCUUCAGACCACCAGAUGUGACCACUGACAUGUAUGAAACAGAGGUGGACAAUGAAGAAUGGAAGGAGUUUCUCAUUGACUUCAUUCACCCAUUAAAGAGCACUGAGGUUGUUGAGGAUGAAGAGGCAGAUCCUGAAUACAACAUUCUAGAGGAUAAAGAGGAUGCACUAGAUUUGAGGGAAGAAAUGCGAGGAGACCGGGCUGUUCAAAUCUCUAAGAAAGAGAUCCAGCAACUGAUGACAGAGUUGUUGGACACCCUGGAUGGGGAUGAGAGGUCCGAGCCAAUAAGAGCCCAGCUUUCUCAACACAUAGUUGCACGAGAGGUGAAAAAGUCGCCAUUUAAGGCCCCUGAGAUCUGCCACCCUAACAAGCAGCAGCAGCAAGAUGGACCAGCACAAGGAUCUAUUUGGGUGGAGGUAGUGACAGCCGAAUUCACACCAACUCAGCUGGAAGUUUUGCAGUACCAGAUGAUACAACAUGUUCAGCUACUGACCACUUCGGUGCUGAUGACCCAUGGCUACCAUCAGUAUCCUGAACUGAAACAGGUUGCUGAUUCUUGUAUGAAGAGUCUGGAAGAAUUAAAAACAUUGUCAGAAUCCUGCAGUUUCCAGUCUUUUUUCAAUCCCAUCAAUCUCUCAGCUGGCCUGGAUUUGGUGGCCUCCCUCAAAGAUAUGAGUCCUUAUGCAAAACCAAAAGAUGAGAAAAGCAGCAGCAGCAAUACCUCAGACAUUCCACACAAUAUUGUGGAUUUGGUGUUAAACUCUACUGCCUUUCCUUACCCUCAUUUGCUGCCAACACGUAUGUUCCAGCUGCCAACCAUGCGUAGCUUCAACAAGGUGGUCUUUUUACCCUCGGAAGACGUAUUGAUGGCUUUGGGUUUAGAGCGUCACCUAGAUCCCAAGUAUUUUGGUGAGAAGUUGAGACCUCAGCAUCGUUUACUGAUGGAGGCACUGACCAAAAUCACCUCUAGCAUCCUAGUGGGCAAGACAGCUCGCCAGGCUGCUAACAGAGUCAAGAACAUCAGAUCUCGUGGCCGGGACACUUCCAACAACCCUGUUCUUCAAUACCUAGAAACAGGCACACUGGAGAUACCCUCUGCCGUGCCUGAUCCUCUGUUGCCAUUUUUCUCAUGUCCUGUACGUGCUGUGCCAAUAGCCAACCUACAGAAUCCCUUCAAGCCUGUGGUGAAGAAGCAGAAUGCUGUCCUCCUAAAGCAACAGAAGAAGGCACAUUACUUAGAAUGUAACCUUAGAACCUUAGAAGCCAAAUUCAAAGGGUUUCGAGGAAUACAGCAUCAGGUCCCGAACAUUGUCAUCGUAAAUCCACCAGAAGGCUCUUCAAUUAUACCUGUAAUCCCCUGUGUUAGCAACAUAUCACCACUCUUAAACUUUCCUGAUAUAAAGAUAACAGAUUUAUCUAUUCAGCCUCCAAAAAACUGUACUGAAACAGAAACUGACAAGUCUUAUGCUAUAAGUAAAAUGCCAGAGAAUAAGCAAUAUUCACAGAACAUUCAGAGCACAUCUAAGGAGAAAGUAGACAGUAAAUACAAUGACCUUGUAGAUGAUGUGCACAUGGUGUGUGGUGAAGAACUGACCUCUGUAGUGUCCCCUCAAGCAGAGAGGGAUACAUUCUCAGUUAGCCUAUCCAUGGACAAAAUACAAGAAAGUAACAAGAACUUAGAGGGUAAUUCUACUGCUCAUCCUCCGUCACAAAGCACAGAAAAUGAAAGUCUUGAGGUAUCAGGACCUGAGUGUGAUGGCGAUAGAAGGACAUCAGAGUCAGAAAAUACAGUAGAGAAAACUACUGAAAUAAUUCCCCAAAUAGAGGAGGAGGAUAUUUUGAAUGAUGAAAAACCAAGUGACAUUCCUAGAGAUACAAAUAAUGAAGCCUCAGAAAUGGAUAUUCAGGCAGACUCUAUUGUAAAAAAGAGUAUUGUAAAUAACAAAGAGAUAUUUGAAUCCCUGGAAGUCUAUAGCAAGAAUGAUGUAACUCCUAGUUCAGAAAAUAUGCCUAUUUUACAGUGCUCCCCAAACCAGGGUUCAUUGUGUGGCAGCACCACUCCAAGCACCCCAGAAAAGUUAAGUCCAACAACAACAAGUUUCCCAAGUCAGGAUUUGCACCUUUGCACACCUUUUACCACUCCACAAAAACCUGAGAAUGAAAGUAGUACUGCUGUGUCUCUCUCCACAUCCAACCUGUGCACACCUAUACUCACACCACCUGCCCUAACCAACUCUCCAGAAAAGACACUGCAAGAACUCAGACAAAGAAAUUUAACUGCUGAGCUAGAAACAUAUGAGGAAAUACGUGGAGCAGCAGGCAAACCAGUCAAGGGUGUGUCACAUAGUAAGGAUCAGAGUGCAGAGCAAGUUGGAGGUAAAGGAAAGGCUACCAUCUCCAUAAGAACAGUGAUACAGACCCCUAUAACUCCCAAGGCCACAUCAGUACACGAGGGCUCUGUGUUAUCUAAGGAAAAAGAAAAAAGAUCAAUUCACUUAAUCAAUGUCACACCAAACAAGCCAGAAACUCGUCUUCGCAAGAUUUCACCAGCAAAGACAUUUAAAUCCCCCUUGAAGACCUCCCCCCUAAAGCAAGUGUCCCCUAUCUUACGCAAGUAUCAUAAAUAUUCUCCCAAGAAGAGGAACAUCAGAUCUGGAAAAUUAUUAUCAAUCUUACCAAAAUUUACAGCUGCACAGUUGUCUGCACACCGCAGACUUGCACCUAAACCUCAGAAGGCACCAACAACCAGUGUAUCAGAGAAUGUGAGUGCCCAGGGAAAGGUGGCUCAGCACUCCUCGCGGUGUGAAAGCGUGCUGCACAAGGCAAAGCAGCACCAAGGAGAGAAUGGUGACCUCCUUCCCCUUGAGGACCAGCUGGGAGGGGAAGCUGUUAGGGCUUCUCCUCGUUCCCGUCCUGGACAGCAUCGACUAGAGGAGGACUUUGAGGAGGAUACUUUGGAGGAGGAGGAGGAAGAAGAUGAGGAUGAAGAGGAGGAAGAUGAAGAUGAUGAUUUAGCAGCAGAACAACAACGAGAGGAACAUUUGGCAGCCCUCUUGAAGGCCUCCUCCACCAUCACUCUGAGGCGGGGUGGCGGUGGAGGUGAUGGAGGGGUUGGAGAGCAUGGCAUGGAGCGUAAACUUACCAAGCAGCAGCGAAGGCUUCAGGCCCGCAUCUCUGCUUUGUCAUCUGUCCCUGACCCAGCGGCCCAGGAUAAGUUCAUGGCACAAAGUUAUCUGAUGCGAGUAAGAGAAGCACUGGUGGCCCAGGAUCCAGCUUGCUUCAAGAGGUUCUUAUUUAUCCUCAACGAUUUCACUGAGAACCCAGACAGAAGCCCCAUCCAGCUGUACAACCAAUUAUGUGAAGUUUUGUCUGAUUUUCCACAUUUAUUGGAAGAGUUUGUGGCAUUUCUGUUGCCCCAGCAAGCCAUUGCACUCGGCAAGUAUGCACAAUACUGUGCCAUUCACCGAAUGAGGGACUUCCUGGAAAAGUUGGAGCUACAGUUUGGCAAGCAGCCUCAGUAUAUCCAGAAGAUCAUACGCCUGCUGCAGACCUUCCAGGGGCGUCCCAGUCUGGACCUGGCAGAGGUGAAAACUGCUAUCACUCCACUACUGCGCUAUCCCCAUUUGGUGGAGUCUUUCACCCAGUGCUUCCCCUCUCAGCCUCCACCACCCAGUUUACAGAGUGAUUUUGAGGACUUAAAGCUGGAACGCUCUGGCUCUGUAGACAGCGUGGAGGAUUUGGUGCUUCCAGAUGAUGAUACCAGUUCCUCCCCUAGUCAGUGUGCAUGUCCUUGUCACUCUAAUGCCCCUUCCACUCAUCACACCCAACCAAUAGCUCAGCCUCAUACCCGGACUGACCACUGCCACUCGUGUGCUCUCAGAUUUUCAGAAGGCAGAGUGUACCUGCAGUGUGGUAAGACAUUACGACCUGCCAGAGUUACCUACACAGACAGCCACAGAGGAGUCAAGGUUACACCUUUUGGAGAGUCCAACAGUGAUGCCCAGGGUGAAACAACCAAGGAGUCCACUGGUACUUGAAUUAUGGAAGUACCCUAAACAAGUAGUUUUCUUUCCGGUCAUAAAGAAAUGAAGACUGCUCUUAUUACAGAAUAAAACAAUUGUAGGGAGAAGGCACUUGUAAACUCACUGGAGCAAUAGACACAAUCUCAUAAAGGAUAUAGACAUUUGCAAAGCUGGCGGAUGACUGAUUUUUUCAGGUGCGACUUUGACUUUGCAACUGCCGCCAGAUUUGGUGCAACUGCGACUGCAAUUCCUUUAUGCCCCCAGUGCAAUUUGUGACUGAGUUUUUUUUUUUUUUUUUUUUUUUUUUUUUU